AUGGUUCAAGCAACACCUCCAGUGCUGACGGGAUGCAACGACCAAUCGCUCUACUUUGCGAGGUGGUAUCGACUGGUAAACAGAGAGAGGAUUCCAAUACAAGUCAAUGUCACAAUAUUCCCACCAGCAGCUUUGCAUGUCGUUGAUUCAUGCAACUUGAAGAAAUGUUAUAUGAACUCAAAAAGUGACACAAAUAAAGUCGUUGUUGAUCCGACAAGCGAAAAGUAUUUGGUGUACUUCUCAACCAUUCCCCCACCCUCGUCCACACUCCAUUUAUUGUCGAGACGUGUACCAAAAAUUGUUGUGGCCAGUCCAGUUGUACCCACCCCACAAGCGCAAACACGGAUUGGAAUCACCAAAAUUCCAACAAGUGUGUUUUGUGGUUUAAAUUGUAAAAUUCAAGUCCCAUCGUUCAACCAACAUAUUAAAAUUGGGGAGUGCCAGAAUAAAAUUAAACAAAUAUCCGCUGUUUGCGACGACGCUCAACACCCACUAACCUUUUCAUUGUGUAAAAACGGAUACACAAUUGCGUUGUUGUCCAAGAAGAGCGGCAAAUGUUCUAUUUCGUUGGUUUUGGACAAAGAAACGUCUGUCAGUCUGAGGAGGUACAAAGAAGAGACAAAGACAAAAGUCACUUCGAAAUACUUUGAAGAGACGAUUGCGCACAACCCCGGUCAAAAAAGUGAUUUCAGGAACUAUUCCAUAGCAGCAAGACGGGGGGAGACUGUCCGAGUUUUCGCGUUCAACGAAAAGAACCAGCCGAUUGCCCCAAUCUUUAACAAAGAUAAUACAGACCAAAUGAAGUGUGGGCCAAAUGGUAUAUGCACGAUGUACAAAGCCAAAAAGAAGCACGAGAAAGUGGACGUGUGUGUGCCGACGAAGAACUGUGGGACGUCUCGAAUUGUUGUGACGGUGGUGAGGGGACCUUUCAAGUUGACAAAGAUUACUCAAAUGCCCAGGUUUCUUCGAUUCAGAAGAGAGCAAACGCCGUUUUUCAAGCAAUUCUUCCCAAUGAGGCAGAGGAAGACAAGAGUGCUUGGCUUUAAUGACCUUGGAUUUCAACUCCCAAGUUUUGCGUUGUUCCGCACAUUUGACGAGAUUAGAAAGAAAAUGAUGAGAGAGUCGUUGAGAUUCGACAAGGAGUUCUCUAACUUUGAGAAUGAAAGGAAAAGUAUUUUUGGCGAGAUUGAGGACAAAAGGCCACAAAUUGCACAGGACGCUCCGAAAAGAAACGUCAAAAACAUUCCAAAUGAGUCGGUCAAGAUUGAAAAAACGCGGAACGAGCAGGCAGUUAAGCACAACGACCAAAACGUAAUAAAGAAAGUGAUUGAAAACACAGACACACGUACACAAGUUUUCAAUGAGUACAAAGAAGGCGAGUCGAAACAGUACAUCUUUAUAUCGAUCGGCGCGGUGGUCUUUGUGUUGGUGGUAGGUGUAGUUGUGUUUAUUUUCCGUCCGACUCGGUUGUUUUCAUAA